GGUGUGCAGGUACUAUUUCGUGGACCAUCCCAAUCGCCUGCUUUUCUGGCUCCAUCCGAUGCCUACGGAAAAACUCUUUUAUUGAGUUACGGGCGUCACGAAGCUGAGCCAUAUCGAGUAUGCUGUCGAAUAUGAGUACUGGCAAGCCUGUCAUUAACGUGUCGAACAAGAUUCAUCUAAUUCCUUCCACUAGGCAUCACUGCGAGCUGUAUCCCAAUGAAAAGAACCUGCGAGGCCCUCUGUUGCUCAAGGAGCUCAAAGAGAUUGUUUUGCAUGCUAGCGCUGAAGCCAUUACGACGGACUUGUCGCUCUCGCCCUUCGACGGUGAUGAAUUACCGAAAAUUCUGGAUCUGAUCAGCCAACUUCAAGACAACGCCCAGGACGAAUACCGUGCCCAUUCUAUAUGUGUCAUAGUCGGUUACGCAUUGCACGAUACAUCACCUCUAAGCUCUCAACCAGCGCGAGCUCAAUUUUUCAAAUUUUGCGGGCUCCCGGAAGCUCGAUUGAAUGCGGACUAGUUUGUUUACGUCAAGAAGAAGAGGGGAAAGUUAAUAGUGGCUCUUUCAUGGGUUAUCGAUGUCGCACUGUUUGGGGCCCCGCGGUCACAUAUGGACGAGCUCCGACUAGUGUGGGUCGACAGAAGUAUCAACUCUCCGCGCAAUGAAUGGUCAGGCAUCACGAUGUAUUCAACUGUGAUGAUGGCUGUGGACGUCAGCUUCCUGGCCGUGCCUUCUGC